AUGGAGCUGGUGGAACCACUCUUGCUGACCAUAUCCAACGUAAAGGAGUUGGUUCAGAGUCAUGCCGAAAUAUCCAACGAAGUAUCGGAUCUCGCUAUUCGACCUCUGGGCUCCUCUGGAAACGACGAUCCGCACCUCAAGGAUGUGCUUAGAGCCCUGCAACUCAGCAUGGUCAAUGCCAAGACUGCCUUGGAGAAGGUGGCCACGGCCACGACCAUCUCGCAGCGAGUUAUGUCAUGGUUUCGAUCAAGCACCGAUCUGUCAGAGCUCAAGGGCCACCAGGAGAAGCUCAAGACACUCUGCCCGAUCCUUUCGCUUGCCAUCACCACCAGUCAACAGAACAAGAACAAGGGUGGAGCCGGUGCGGACCAAGAGUUCAAUGCAAUGCGACUAGUGAAGAACGAGGAAACCAAGCGCUUUUGGGCGCACCACUUUGGACCGAAGACUUUCAAGGUAACAUGGGACCAGUUCCGGGCAGCUUUCGAACACGAGUUUGAAGCACAACGAGACUCUAAUAUUGAACUGCUGCGACAGCGAUUGGACCGAAAUAACGACGGGGAUGUAGAUAUUUACGAGCUGGCCACCUUCACCGGCCAACUGAGCGUGCUAGAUAGCUAUCAGCAGCUUGUGGAACAGCACGGACAACGGCGACAGCAGCAGCAGCAACAGCAACAAACGCAGCGAGUAAAACGACCAGCCCCUCGAGGCGACGAACAGGAGCGUCGUGCUUCGGAGAAGGAGCCGGUCAACAAGAAGCCCAGAACUGAAGAUCUCGAUAAGAGGUUGAUGGGACCGCCUCUGGCCUCCCUGGCCAAAGCCAAGUUCGCCUUGGCGCCCGAUUCCCACCACGUGGUGAUGGAUGAGGACGACUCGGAGGAGUGCAUGUUCGCGUACAAACUGCUUCUCUUCGCCCGGGAUGAGAUCUUCCAGAUGAAGGGCUGUCAAGGCAUUCGGACGCUGUAUCGGCAGUGGCACCCCGACAAGCCGUUCGUACUCGGCCGCAUGAUGAUGGAGCACCUGCCAACGGAUCUGCUCGUCAGGAUCAGCCGAUCCCAUUUCGAGAUUCAUUGCAGCGCGGCGCGCACACUCAAUGACUCGAACGAGGUUCGGCACGUAUGCGAAUCCGUACUCGAGGCGCUAAACCUGCUCGGCACGUUCGGUUCAGGCAACGGCACGUUCAUCAACGGCAAGCGGCUGACCAAGAGCAAGAAAAUGCUGCUUCACAGCGGAGACCAAAUCGGCAUCGUGACGGACAAGGAGCGCCUCCUGGUUGAAAUGGGCUACACCUUUCAGCCCAUCAACUAG